UGCGAUUACAGGGGGCCUGCCAGCAAAGCAGGCUCUCUGACACACACGGCUCACCACUCUGCAUGCUGCUGUAUCUGUGACUUGCAUAUGCAGCUCAAAGAGGCCAACAGCGACACCAGGCUUCUUCUUCUGGUGAUGAGAACAGACGUCAGACAUGAAUAUUGAUGUGGAGGAUAGUCUGCUUUCAUAGACGAACAGAAGGAAGCAAGAUGGCUGCCCUUUAGGAUUUGUUAAAGAGGAGACCCAGACUGUUUGCUGGAAUUCUCAAAGUGGAGGGACGCAAAAAGAGGACGCACAGAGGGCAGCCUUGUGGAUGGACCCAGAGCAGGCCAGAUGGAAAAAGAAAGAGCCAGUCAUGUGGCGGAUGAAAGACUGAUAUUUACACAAUCCAGUAAUGUUCACCAGUCCGAAAACCUGAUCACAAAAUUGCAUAAUGGAAACCAACUACAGGAAGUGCCCCCACAGCAGACCAAUGGGGAUAGCAACUGGAACCAUUUUAAACCUAAUAUGGGAAUCAACCAAAUGAAGAUGUAUCAAGAAAACUGUUCUAGUCCCCCUGUAAAGCAAGAGCUAUUAGAACAAUCCCAGCAUAUUAAGAAUGGAGGAAUAAAACAUGCAUUUAGUGAAUCAUCAUUACUGGAGCUUUGUCAGUCCAAAAAACCCCGGAUGGAUUCGGAGAUAAAUGGGCAAGGAAGUCAGAUAGCGAAAAAUAAUGUGAUCAGCUCAUGGAGUAAAAAUGAAUCAGCAGAGAUGGAAAGAAAGCUAGGCAGCUUCCCUGAGCCUUUGAAGCCUUCAGAGUGUAGAGAUGUUCCACAGUGUCCCGACACACAGAAGGAGCUCAACCUGAAUAAGGAAAACUGUAACUACUCCAACGGGGACAUUUUCUCACUCUCCAGGGACAAGAAAGUGCCAAUUUCAAAUGGUGCUAUGGUUACUUCUUCUUCCAUGGAAGACAUGCCUGACUACCUGUUGGAGCAAACACUGUCUCAGUAUAACCCAGCCCAUGUUUCCAUUACGUCACAGAACAAUGAAUCUCAAGACAACGCCAUCAAGAGCCCAGCUGAGAGCAACUUGGAAGAGCAAGCCAGAAACUCCCCAUCACAUGUCUCAGGUUUGCCCAUUUCACCCCAGAUACCUGUUUCUGUACAGCUGGAUACAAUAUCACCAGAGAUCCACACCAAAAGCAUUUACAGUCCCAGGUUUGGCACAGAUGGAUACUCUGGUGCAUUUCAAGGAAAGCACCAGAAGCAGCCACAACAAGAGUCUUACUCUCUCCAAGAUGUUCCAGGCAAAGAUGAGCAACACUUACAAAGUCAGGAGGGGCAGGUCCCCAGCAUUGUCCUACCUGCAAGACCCGAUGGCAGCUUACAAGAUCAAAUCCAUGUGGAGUGCUUCUCAGACAACGUGGAGACCUCAGAUACUUAUGUUAAGUCUAACAAAGACUUCAGUCAGGAGCCUUACCUUUCUAGGAUGGAACCUAAGUUCCCACUUGAGGAAGGUGAGACAGACAGAUUGAUUCAUUUCAAUGAUAAAGCUAUGGAAAGAACAUUGAAAAGCAAAGAAUCAGAAACCAGGCAACAAGAGCUACUGUUUGAGAGUCAGAAGCACUUUGACCACCCUACUGCAGGUGGGACCAGCCAGUCUCCUGCUCCAGAGUUAAUUAAUAUUCACCAUGUUUCAGCCAACAGUCCGCAACCUCAGCCAUCCUAUAAACCUCAGCAGGAUCAAAAGGCUCUUCGGCACCUUUUAGCCCACCAAGCACCAAGCAGUAAUCUGGAGCACAAAAGAGCCUUUAAAGAGGAGGCAGGGGAAAUGUUGCAGCAGACCAAUUCCUAUGCCGAGACGACGUGGAUAGAUCUGAACUCAUCCCAGCCUCCACAACAAGGGGACCUAUCACGGUUAUGGAAGGAUUUCAAUUUACGGCAACAACAGCAAAUGUCAAAUCAGAGUCAGGAGAAAAUACUGGAUUCUGACAAUAUGCAGGGAUUUCAAAUCCAAGGAUUCAGUCACUCUAGCAUGCAGCAACAACAGAAGCAGUUGUCGGAUGUGUAUAAACCAAAUGUAGAGCAAGAUCAAGCUCAGCGUACUGAUACUGCUGAAUGGCAGCAAAUGAACUCCAAUACCCCUCCUGGUGUACAACAGGUAGAGCCUCAAAUGCAACCAAAUAAGCUACAGCAUCAAUCUUCACAAAGUAGCCUUUCCCAGCAGCAGGUACAACAUCCAUUUCAGCCCAAAAUGCUGCAGGAGGGCGAGUGCAACAGCACACAAGAAAUAAAACAGAAAUACUUAUCUAAUUUUUUACAGCAACAGCAGCAACAGCCACCCCAGGAUCGCACAGAAGAACAUCAGGUACUCAAUACUCUUCAGCAGCAUCCUUCCCAAGACACAUCAAGUAUAGGAACAGGUCAGCCAAAAGACUCCUGGAAGUUGGAAGAAUUCAUUAGGUUAGAAAAAGGGUUAAAAUCCUCAGACUGUAAAUCCCAGCCACCGCAAGUGCAGCAGCAAACAGCAACACUUUCACCUAGUACAAAUACCCCUGGAUUUUUAGAUUCCUCAUCGCCCAGUGCACAGCCUCAACAAAACGACUCAUCGCACUUUACCUAUGGAAAAACCAAUAACACAGUAAUGCAUCGGCACUGUAAAUUCAGUAAUGCAAUGGAAAUCCAGCAAUCCCAAUACUGUCCCAAUCCUGCUGCCCCGAAGCAAUAUGUAGAACAGCAAAGGAUACGAGAACAGUCAAACCACAGAAAUGUCUCUCAGCUACCACCCCCAUCAACACAACGUCAACCUCAGCAAGGUGCUUUAAACCAACACAUCCUGGGACUCAUGACUGCGCAGAUGUAUCCUAAAACUGAGUCACAGGACUCAUGUGCACAAGCUCAGCAAGGGCAAAACCAGAACCACCCAGGAGAUCUUCAAAAACAUGCCAUAUUGCGAAUGCACCUGUUGCAGAAACAGGAAAAGCAAGCUUACCAGCAGAAUCUGGAGGAUUUCAGGCAUCUGCUGCAGUCCAUCAAAAAAGAGAACCAUCCUAUGUCUGAGCCACCUGUGCCUCAAACAGCCAGAGAUCUAACGAACUCAGCUGUGAACAAUAUGAUAAAGCAAGAAUACUCACAGAUGGACUGUGAUCAGUCACGGCAGAAGAGCAUCAUUGCCACAAUGGAGCACCAGCUGAAGCAGUAUCACCCCUCACCCUUAUUUGAAAGGAAAUCGCUAGUCAUAAAGUCCCCUAAGCAGGUGAAGGUUGAGACCUCAGGUCCUGUAACAAUAUUGUCAACGAAUGCUGACCUAGGAAAUGGAGACAUUGGAGCUGCCUCCCUGAAAAAAAAAGAUUGUACGCCAACGAAGAAAACAGAGGCCAAUCUCAACAGCUUCAUAGAGUCCCCAAUGAAACUGUUGGACACUCCCAUCAAAAACUUGUUGGACACCCCUUUUAAAACUCAGUAUGAGUUUCCAUCAUGUCACUGUGUUGAACAACUCUGUGAGAAAGAUGAAGGCCCUUACUAUACUCACCUGGGGGCAGCUCCAAAUGUAGCAGGAAUCAGAGAAAUCAUGGAAAAAAGGUUUGGCCAAACAGGCAAAGCCAUCAGGAUUGAAAAAGUGGUGUACACUGGCAAAGAGGGUAAAAGCACACAGGGAUGUCCCAUUGCCAAAUGGGUGAUACGUCGGAGCGGGGUGGAGGAGAAGCUGCUGGUGCUGGUGAGGGAGCGUGCCGGGCACAGCUGCAGCACGGCAACCAUCGUGGUGCUCAUCCUCAUCUGGGAGGGCAUCUCUCCCACUCUGGCUGACAGGCUCUACUCCGAGCUAAGCCAAACCUUGAAGAAGCACGGGGCUCUCACAAACCGGAGAUGCGCACUGAACGAAGAGAGGACAUGUGCUUGUCAAGGAUGGGAUUCAGAAACUUCCGGAGCCUCCUUUUCUUUUGGGUGCUCAUGGAGCAUGUAUUACAAUGGCUGUAAAUUUGCCAGGAGCAAAGUUCCUAGAAAAUUCAAACUUCUUGGCGAUGACCCGAAAGAGUUUGGUUUUACACAGGAAGAAAGGCUGGAGCAAAAUCUACAGAAUCUGGCAACAUUAAUGGCACCUGCUUACAAAAAGAUGGCACCUGAGGCUUAUGGAAACCAGGUUGAAUAUGAACACAGAGCGUUAGACUGCCGCCUGGGGCUGAAAGAGGGGCGUCCAUUCUCAGGAGUUACUGCCUGUUUGGACUUCUGCGCUCACGCUCACAGGGAUCUGCACAACAUGCAGAGCGGCAGUACGCUGGUAUGUACUCUAACUAAAGAAGACAAUCGAGAGAUUGGAAAGAUACCAGAAGACGAACAGCUCCAUGUACUGCCCUUGUAUAAAAUCUCCUCAACUGACGAGUUUGGCAGCGAAGAAGCGCAGCGGGAGAAAAUGAAGACAUGUGCCAUCCAGGUCCUAAGUUCGUUCCGCCGGCAAGUGCGCAUGCUCCCCGAACCAGCCAAGACGUGUCGCCAGAAGAAGAUGGAGGCCAGGAAAGCAGCAGCAAAUAAGCCUUCAAACCCAGAGACGCCCAACUCCAAGACAGAGAGAAAUUUGCAAGCAAGAGUGAAGCAAAGCACUUUCGAAAGCAAUGGCCAAAACAUGUCCAUGUCAGGUUCUCAUCCAGGUCAAAGUCACAUAGGGUCCUCUCACCUUGGCCCUCAGCAAAACUCCCUCAGCAGUCAUCAACAGAAGAAUAAUCUAAAUCAUCAUCCCAAUUCACUUCACCCACACAGCUUUCAAAGAUUUCCUAACCCCACAGAUCAGUUUCCAAGCACUUCCCAGCCAGCAAACCUUUACCAAGAGUCCACCACCCCCACAAACCCUUACCCGACCUCCCUGCGUGCAGCAGACUCCUAUUUAAAUGCAUCAACACCUAUGAACUCUUAUCCUGCUUCUUUAAAUCCCAGCAACCUUCACACAGCAUAUCAAUGCAAUGGAAGCAUGCCAGUCGACAACUGCAACCCCUACUUUGCCUCAGAUCCAAAGCAUAUUGACUUAUACAGACAUCAAACUCCAGAAACCAUGAGCAAAAUUGGUUUGUCACAGCUUUACUCUCAACAGCAGUACAACCCCCAUCAGCACUAUGGACUUAACUAUUCACCUCAGUAUGGUGAUCACAACAUACAAGUCAAUGGUUAUGGUAAUUGUAACAUGAGACCCAAUGUUCAUUCAAUGGGUCCCUACCCCUCCUUUGGUCCCAAUGCUGGAACUGAGGCUCAGUUUUUUGAGGCCAUUUCUCGACCUCCUUCCACUCGCCCAAAUCUGGACUAUGCAGCAGUUAACAAGGGCAACCAGUACAAUCGAUAUCCCAACCCGUAUUUAGUCCAGAAUUCUUCAGUGUUCAGUUCAGUCCAUGACAGUUUUCAUAUGCAACAUAAAACAGAGGUGAAUUUGCACGGCCCUAAUGGGAUAGCACGGGUGCUUCCAACACUUGGAAACGAAUGUCCAAAUCUCUCGCAACUGGGAUAUGGGUUAACGAAUGGGAAUUUUCAGGGGAAUCUCAGUGAACCAGAGCCUGGAGCACAGAAUCCCAAGGAGUCGAAUGAGGACGUGUGGUCAGACAGUGAGCACAACUUCCUCGAUCCCGACAUUGGUGGUGUGGCAGUGGCACCCAGCCACGGCUCCAUUCUCAUCGAGUGCGCCAAGAGGGAGCUCCACGCGACUACCCCGCUGAAACACCCUGACAGGAAUCACCCCACUCGCAUCUCACUGGUGUUCUACCAGCACAAGAGCAUGAACGAAGCAAAGCACGGGUGGGCGCUUUGGGAAGCCAAGAUGGCCGAAAAGGCCAGGGAGAAGGAAGAGGAAUCUGAGAAGCAAGGUUCUGAUAACGGGCCUAUCAGGAGCGGCAGUAAGAAAAUCAAGCGAGAACAUUCCGAGGUGCUAGACCAAUCAGAACCUCCCUACAAACGCUUCAUCCAAACCCUAACACAACGAACCGUUUCCUGUACCACCAACUCCAUUGUCAAUACAUCUCCCUAUGCCUUUACAAAGGUAACAGGGCCUUACAACCGGUAUAUUUAGCUUUGUAUUCAGGUUUACUGUAUCAGAAAACAUUAAUUUAACAACUACAGGCGCUAUAGUAGGUUAAAACCUCAUCGCACAAGUGGCCACAUGUUGCGUAAAGCUCAUUCUAAAAGUGUGGUUGCCUGAAAAUAAUGUUUGAUUAUUCUAUGCAAUGGCUUAGGUCCCACAUUCAAAGAAAUAAUAUAAAUGAAUUGGAAGACAUGCACAUUACUCAGUCACAACUUUUGAUACAUGAGCUUUACUAAAUCUGGGGUGACAUUAUAGCAGUAUUUUUCUUUUGAAUUUUGCGAGAUACAUACUGUACUAAACCUCUGGUGCUUCAUGUCCUCUACACCAGGACUUAUGAUACUGGAAACAAAUGUAAAUUGUGGUGGGUUUUAUUUUAUCGUUGUUAUAAAAUAGAUUUACUGUAGAUAGAUUUAUCAUACACAUAGAAAAUGUAAUCUUGGCAUAAAACACUGACUUCUUGGGUUAUUUAAUUCAUGGUGCUAAAAAAGAGUGUCUUUAAUAUAAAUUUUCCAUUUAAAUGCCUUCAAAUUCAGUGAAAAUGUCUACGUUUUAAGGCUAAACUCAACAAGCAAUCUAAUUGUUUUUGAAUGAUGUUUUCUGCAUUUAAAAUGUAGAAAUUUGAAAUUAAUGGUCUUCAACGAUGAAAUGUUGGAUUAUUAGUGCUUUUAAAGCAGUUUGUAUGAUUAAGGUGAAACUUUUUGAAGGAUUAAAUCAUACCUUUAAAUUAAAAGAUUCACCUUUGAACUGUAAGAUGCCAGAGAAGCAUCAUUAUUUAGUACUUUAACCUUAUGUGACAGGCUACAUAUACAAUUUUAAUACAAUAACAUACAAGGUUUUACAGAAACACUUAACAUGGUGCUUAUUUUUUUAAGUCACAUUGAAAUAAAAUACAGAUCUUUGUAGUUCAGAUACUUUACUGAGCCAUUCAAAUGGUGCAUUUUUGAGUAAUAUUAUCAAAUGAAACUGAAGACCAGCAUGUUUAAAUAUUUUUCUGUAAUGGUUAGCCCACUGUCUAUGAUGGGUAUCAGAAAAGAAUUCACAGCAGGUCCUUUUGACAAAUUAAAGACUCAUGUAUAGUUACAUAACUUGGCAACAUAAAUAUGUUCUACGCUCACAAACGUAAGAGGUGAGGAAUGCCUGGGCAAAGAACAUAAAACAGGGUUAGCUAUAAGUAGUUGUAACAGAUUCAAAGGCAGCUGGCUUGCUGUGGAGUCUUUAAAUCAUUGUAAUCUAGGUGUAAAAUAAUAGUAAUUGAAAAAGAGUAAAAUUUGUACAGUAAAUUAAAUUACAAACAUUUCUGAAUUUACGCUUUAGAGUUUAGUACUGUAAAAUAUUAUUUCUUUGGGUUUGAGCUGAUUUUAUUUCAAAAUGGUGCUAUUUGACCUGCUAUCUACAUGUAUAAUGUGAGACUCUUACUGAGUGGUGAGAAGGCUUAUGAAUGAUGUUUCCUACUUGUCAUAUACCUCAGAACUAGUUUGGCAAUAGGAUUAUGAUAUUAAAGCAUUGUUUGUACAGUUUUAUACACCAUCUCUUUCACACAAACAUCAAAAAACAACAACAAAACCUAAGGAUUACAGAGAGGAAAAAAAUAUGACAUUACUUUUUCAUACUUGAUCUCUUAGCAAGUAUAACUUGAAAUUCAAGAUUUGAUUUUAAAACAAAAUCAGGGAUAUUUCAGCUCAUUUUCCAUGUAUGCCAACAUUGCCUGUGUUAAUGUUUAUCCUUUUUAUUUUAUAUUUUUAUUUCCUUCAGGGAUUUGGCUUCUCAAUUCUUAAUCCCUUUCUUUUCCAGUACAGUAUAUUAUUAAAAGCUAAACCUAUCUUUGUCAGUGAAAGGGUGGCAUUUUUUUUUUAAUAUACUGUUUUGUACAUUGUGUUUACCUUUAAAGAAGUAAUUUGAACAAACAGUAUGCACUGAACUGAUAAAAGGGAAAAAUAUUACCUGGUAAACAAUAAUGUAUUUGCUCUGUAAUCAAGACAAAAGACUACGGCAGUAAAUGAACAUCCUUGUAUCUGUGUAAAAUAAGGCAAAUAUAUUUAUAACCACUAAACAAUAAUAUUGUGCUUAAUCCCCACCCCCUUAUUUACAAUCAAAAUGAUGCUGAGUAAUUGUACACACGUUGAGUGGGUGUGUGCAACAUGACACUCUUAUCCUUUCUUUUAUAGUAAUCUCUGCUGAAAGCACUUCUUUUUAAAAAAAUGACUAUUUAAAAUUGGAGAAAAAAAUCAAAAUGUAGAAAAGUAAAACUGUUUUAAAUU